GUGUUUGUGGAGCUGAACGAGCUGGUGAUCGACAGGAACCAGGAGCUGCAGUGGAGGGAGACGGCUCGAUGGAUCAAGUUUGAGGAGGAGGUGGAGGAGGAGACGGAGCGCUGGGGGAGGCCUCACGUCGCCUCCCUGUCCUUCCGCUCCCUGCUGGAGCUCCGAAAAACCAUCUCGCACGGGGCGGUGCUCCUGGACCUGAAGCAGAGGACUCUGCCGGGGAUCGCUCAGCAGGUGGUGGAGCAGAUGGUGAUCUCAGACCAGAUCAAAGCUGAAGACCGAGCCAACGUCCUCCGAGCUUUGCUGCUCCGCCACAG